AAUUUUAUACAAAAAUAUAUAAUGUGCAAUUGUUAAAGAAAUAAUUUUGUUCAGCUGUCAUAUCAUUUGAUAUAGUAUAGAAAUAUGCUGUAAAAAUAUAAUAAGUGAAGACAAUUUUUUCAAAAUACAAAAAAUUUAUUACUUUUAUACAGAAAUUGUAUCGUGUCAUUUUCUUCAAUAAUAAUUUAUUGCUUAUUAACAAUCAUUAGAACUAAACAAACAAUUAGUGUGAUAAGGAAAAAUGAACUAUUAUGUCAAGCGAUUAAAUGACGAUACUGCUUCUUUGUUUUAAGCCCUUAUCAAAAUCUCGCGGACAGCAGCGCAUCCUACAAUUGUUUAUUUAUCUUUUCAUCGCACGUAAUAGUAGUCAUGUGCGCUUGGCAAAUAUGUCAAAUCAUCGAGGCGUGUGCUCUGGUGAUUAAUCAAAAUCUUCCUUCCACAUAUGACAUCUCGACGACAGUAAUCAAUUAAUCUUGCUAGCGCUAUUUUUUUCUUUAAUGAGAGAGGAAAUUUGAUGAUCAUACUGUGAUAUUUUUUGUGGUGAUGAUGAAUUUUUUUGAUCAAUGAAGAGAAAAAAUGACGAGAAAAAAUUAAUUGCUAAAUCUUACCGAGUUUAUUAAGAUCGAAAAAUUCGACAAUCAAGUUUUUCCUUGGCAUUUUUGCUUUCCCCUUUUCUCUCUCUCAAUUUAAUUCUUAUCAAAUCAAUUCCGCAAGAUUUCUCAGAUAGAUCUCUCAUAAAAUUUCACGUGAUGCUCAUGUAUAUGUUUCACUUAAUGUAUGAUAGUACCAUUCGUUGCGAUAUUGUCACAUGAUAGCUAAUAUCUCGGGAAUCACGAGAAUCAUGAUAUUGUUAAAUAUUUUUGAUGAGAUUGUAAUGAUCAAUCCAUUAUCUCUCUUCUAACAGUUUAUCUAACAUUAAGAAAGCCUUAUCUUGAGAACUGCCAUAUGGCAUUGGCACAUUAAUAAAUGCGUUAUCGCGGUGCUAAUGGAGCAUUUAAAAGAUUAUUGCCUUUCCCGACGUGGUAGGUUAUUAAGAGCACGAAACGUAUCAGUACUUGAUAAAUUCUGUACUGAAUAAGAAGUCUAAAUCGCAUUCUUAAGAAAGAUUCUCUAGAAAGUUCACGCCGCGAUAAAGCUACAUUUUUAGAAACACACGACUGAAAAUUUCCUGACUUGUUUGCUAUCAAAAGUUUCAUCAACGAAAAUUAUUCUCGGUUCAUUUUAUGAACCGACUCUGCACUCCCGGCGUUUUACGUAACGGAAAUUUUAUUUUAUUUAUGUGAUGUGCUAAUAAGAAAAAAUUAGUGUAUUGAGACUAUGACACUAUGGCCGAAUGUUAUACUCUCUCGGAGUUGCAAUCUCAAAGGGCUCUUUCUACGGAGGAUACCGAUUCUAGCAUGGCUGCCUCUGUACAGUUGGGGCAAACUUCUGCAGGACAUUUUGGCAGGGUUGACAGUGGGUUUGACCGCGAUACCGCAGGGUAUAGCGUAUGCAAUAGUGGCUGGACUUCCGGCUCAGUUGGAAAGGUGGCUCUCGUUAGGUCAACUUUUACAAACUUUAGUAUGGCCUGUAUAGCAGUUUCAUGGGUUGCUUCGUUUAUCUGGUCUUUGGUAGCAGCAAGGAUGUCACGGUGGGUCCUACCGCGAUAAUGGCUUUAUUGGUACAAAAGCACGUGAUGAAACUGGGAGAAGAUCUCGCCGUAAGUGGAAUUUACUAACCUCGACGCUUUGAUACUUAGAAAUUUAAUUUAAUCUUUUUAUUUCUUAC